AACAAAUAAUAACUACUCAUUUAAGCUUUAGAGGCACAGCCAUGGCACCUCCAGGAAACUCAGGCAGCAGUGGCAAGACCAGUGUGGUGGUGACAGCCCUAGACGGAGUCAUAAAUGUGAACUCACUCUUUACCAUUGCCAUCUUUGUGGGACUAUCUCUUGCAUCACCAGGCCAAAAGAGUCUCAACAGUAGUGAGCGUUGUCAGCCAGGGAUUCUAACAGUAAAACAACUAGUAAUCUUCGAGGUGCUUUCGUUCAGUUUCUUUCUUUUCUCAUCACUAGUCGCACAGGCCAUAAAACUCUCCCUCAAUCUUCUCAAUAGUGAAGAUUUGGCUCAUGGUUUCAGUGUUGUUGUCAAUGUAACACUCCUCAGAACAGGAAUGUUGAUGACAGCCAUCUCCUCUGUUAUGGGGUGCUUGUUUCUCAUGGUUUCUAUGUUGAAUGUGAUUGAGAUCAAGACUGGGAUGCUAUUCUGUGGAGCUAAAUCUACUAUUAUAGCAGUUACUUUCCUCAUAGUCCUCGUUUCUUCUGGUAUUUUGGUGUAUAUUUCUGCUGCAUGGUAUGCAUUUAUCCACGCAAGCUUCCACCCCCAUGAAAACAGGACUGCUUGAUAGUUAUUGUCAAGCUCUCCAGUUCAAUCAAAUCCUAUUUUGUUUUCUUAUUACAGCGGUGUUUGGAUUAGUUUGUGUGCACUUCAACUAUUCAUCUCUAUUGUCAAGCUCUCCAGUUCAAUCUUUUGUAAUUGUUUGGGUGAUGGACAGGAAAGACCACACUGGAAAAUCAUAUGGAAGAUUUUCCUUCUUGUGUAAGAUAUAAAAUAUAGUAGCUAUAUAUAGUUAAUUUAUCGCACCAAUGCAUAGUGCAGUGUCUUAUAUUUAAUUUUUAAGUAAUAAUCUUCAGAUUUUAUUUGUUGUUGCAAGUUGCGGAAAUGCAGAAUUUAUUUUGGCAUCAUACCAUUUUUUAAUCUUUUCU